CGGUCGAUUUCACAACAGUUUAAGGCUUUACAAUACUGGUAACUCAGCUACGUUGCAUCGACCUCGUCUUACUUCAACAAUUUUUUUUUUUUAUUUUUUUUUUUUAUUAAAAACAACAAACGAUAAUCAGAAUACAAAUUAAACUACAUUCCGCGAAUCGAAGGCAUAUUCAAUUUCAACCUACGGGUCGUUGCACACACAGCAUCGUCGUCUCACCAAUCAUCCUAGCUGGGCGUUGCACCGAUCCUCUGACCACCUUUGCCUCACGCAGAAACGCACUUCGGACUAUUGCGACGCGGAUUAGCGAUCCGCGAUGAUGGCCCCAACCGAUGUGAUCUAUGCGGAGGAGGAGGAGGAGGAGGAGGAAGAGGAGCAGGAUAACGUGCAGGAGGACAUUAUUGAGGAGGAUGAGGAGGAAGGACCCGACCUGGAUCCGGAUCAGCAAGAAUACUUGGACUACCAGAGGAAGCUGGACGAAUUCUUGUCCCCGCUCAUCCCGCGGGAAGCGAUCCUCUACAAACUGGCGCGACGCUUCUCGAACGUCUACCGUGACCUCGCCCUGGAGUCCGACCAACAGUUCCUGCCGACGCCGGUGACCAAGUUACCUACCGGAAUGGAGACCGGUCGGUACCUGGCGAUCGACGUAGGCGGGAGUAACCUGCGAGUCGCGUUCAUUGAACUUCUCGGGGAUGCGGCGGAUUCCGACAACAAGCCCGCCGAUGCAACGGAGAGAACCAAGGAUACGAUCCGAAAGGCGCAGCGACAACGGGUGAGACGGACGUUAGAAAAGGCGUGGCCCAUCCAAGAGCAUCUAAAGAAGGACAAAGCGGAUGACCUAUUCUCUUGGAUCGGGGACUGUAUUGCGGAAGUGGUGGCGGAGAGCUUGACCUCGGAUGCGACCAAAGGCAGUAUACCGGAGGAGCUGGAGAUGGGAAUUACCUUCAGUUUCCCCAUUAUGCAGGAGUCCCUGACAGAGGCCACUUUGAUGCCAAUGGGCAAAGGAUUCGCCAUCACCUCGGAUCUCAACCUGCGGAACAUCUUACUGAGCGGUUACGAGAAGCACACGAAGCGGCCGGAUGAUGACCACGAGCCGUCGAAGAAGCGCCGCAAACUGUACUCGCUGCCGAAGCUCAAGAUCGCCGCGAUCACCAACGACGCCGUUGCCACGCUAGCUUCGCUGGCAUAUGCGGUCAAGUCUCUGCCCAACAGCCGGGUCGCAAUGGGCAUCAUCGUAGGCACGGGGUGCAACGCCACCAUCCCCAUGAAACUUAGCGCGCUCCACGAGUCCAAGGCGAACCAUGUCCGGUCGAAGAACCCGACGGCCGAGGAGACCGUGAUCAACACGGAGUGGACCAUCUCCGGUGCCUUGCCUCCUCUUCAAGAGCUCAACAUCAUUACGAAAUGGGACGACGAGUUGGACCGAGCGUGCGCUCGGCCCGGAUUCCAACCCUUCGAGUAUAUGACCGGCGGCCGGUAUAUCGGCGAACUGAUCCGGAUCAUCCUGUUCGACUACCUCGUCAACAUCGCCGAACUGUCGCCGAAACAGCUGCCGGCGACCCUGAUUCAAGAGUACGCCCUGACGACGACGUACGUCUCCGACACCGUGGCCCGGGCUCGGUCCGAUCUGGAUCUGGUUGAUGUCUUGAAGCGAACGCUGCCGCCACCGGAGAGCAGCGACUGGCAUUGGGACGUGAUGACCGCAGGAGCCUUCCGAAAGAUCGCCCGAACGGUCCAACGACGAUCUGCGGGCCUGAUCGCGGCGGCCGUGGUGGGUCUGCUGGCCUGCACACGGGAGAUUGAACUGAAAGCGGAUAGCACCGAGAACUCGCCAGAGAGUUCCCUUGCUCCCUCGCCUGCCCCCAACGGCAACACCCCGCUCCCGGGGCCAUCCAUUGAUAGCCUGACCCCGGGGGUAUCUGAUGGUGUGAACAACAGCGGCCAAGGCCACAUUGUGCCUGUCCUGUCUCCCACCCCGACGCCGGCAGACUGGGAGUCGGGCCCUGAAGAACUGGUAGUCGCCUACACGGGCGGCAUCAUCCAGCAAUACCCGCAGUUCAAGGAGAUGUGCCAACAAUACAUUGACCGGCUCAUCAUGCGGACGGGGCCCCAGAAGAGCGGGAAGUCAGUCUUCUUGCGAGAAGCAUCCGACGGAGGGGUCAUUGGUGCCGGGGUCCUCGCCGGGAUCUCCACGGUAGGAUAGCAUUGAUCCUCGUAAUGGCUCUCUACCGGUCGGCAUCGAUAUGACGUGACGAUUUUGUCUUUGGGCACCUACGGACGAGCGCUUUGGUGGGGGAGUUUGAUGUGUUUCUAAUUUCUUCUUUCUUUCUUUCUUUUAUAUCCUCUUUCAACUUAAUUUCUUCUGCUUCUUUUUGGCAAUAGAAGGCCUCAUUUGUCUUAGGACCGGAGUCUCGAAAUUGAAAGUUACUUUCUGUUGGUUUAUGAUUCUCCAUUUAUUUACAGAU